AUGUCAGAUGAUGACAAGGCCAAGGAACUACCGCUGCGUCCCUCAUACACUGACGCUGACUUUGCGACUGAAAAGGACGACUGGAAGCCUUGCAAGAAUCAGAGUUCCUUAGCUCUAUCGACAACGAGGCGGGGUACAACGCAGCGAAAGUGGGUACACAAGAGCUACUUGUGGGACGUCAAGAUCAAUUUCAUCCAAGACUAUACCAAGAAGGGCGUCGUGUUGUCAGAGUAUGUUGCUAGCGCUGAAAUGCUCGUGGACGAGGUGACGAAGUCGCUGCCGGCGCCACAAAUGAAGGUGUUGCGAGAAAAGAUCGGACUCGUCGACAUAGAGUGA